CUGCUCGGCUGCAGCGUUUUCUGAUACGUCAAUCCAUCAGCCAGUUUCACAAUCCACAAACUCUCUUCGUGUCAUCGUCAAAAGUAAAGUCAGUUCGAAAUCAGUGAGGAAAAAUUUGCAAUAUUCUGUUGGAAAUAGUGAUCGGAUCGGUUGAUUUCGUGUGAAAAUGUCUUGUGGAACCGGUCCGGAGUGUCGAGUGCUUUGUUCCGGCUGUUAGAACCAUUGUCCGUGUUGUGUGUCUCUGCGUAUCUGGUGAAGUUGAUGGUGAAUGUGAUCGUGUGUCCAGCAGCGACAACUGCUAGUAUCUCCCUAUCCAUCUUCGAAGCAUUCGUACAUGUGUGUCCGGUGUGAGCGCGCGUUGUACGAGCAAUUGGCCCCGAUAAUAUAGUACGAAUAUCAGCAAUCUUUCGUCCGUCGUCUUGUAUUAGCAGGCGGAAAAUGUGCGUAAUUGGAUCAUUUGCUAAUUGAUGGGACACGGCCAAAUGACGACAGCGGCAGCUUCAGCUACAACAGCCGGCGAAAACCACCGACUCCUAAGGGGAGCACUGUCUCCGAGGAAUCACUCGACGAUAGUGCGGCGUUAGUUCUUGCCGCCUCGAAGCUACGCCGGUCAUUUUGAAUUACGAAAAUAAUUGAAGAGUGAAAUCACCACCGUCGUUGAGAUAACGCAUUAGAAUAAGUGAAAGAGCUACUAAUUAUUCGAUCUAAUGUGCUGGUUGUGAAAUGUGUUGACCCUAAUAAGGAUAUCGAAUGCGCGGUUUUCAAAUGGUGUCGAACAGUUUGUAGACUUUGUGGAAGUGUUUAAGUUUAUCGUGAUCUUUUCGGUUGAUUUUGUUUUUGUUUCUACUUGUGGACAAAGAGUGCAAUAUUGAUAACUACUCGAGAAGAAAAGUUUAGAUUGAUAAGCUGGCUGCGAGCGUCAGAGCAAAACAGGAAGACAUAAUUGAAACUACGGACCGAACUGUUGGUGGUGGUGUGGGUGCCUCCUCCCAUAAAAAGCGAUUUUCGAUGGUAAAGGCACCUGUGUUACCCUCUGUGCCACAGCAGCAGCAACCACAGAUUUAUUGUCAAAAGGAGGUCAUCGGUCAGCAUCAGCAGCAGCUACCGCAGCAGCAACAUUUUCAUCAAUUUUCAUUUCCACCCCCGACAACGCAAUACUUCCAAAUAGGUUCGGUGAAGAAACAUCGUCGUCUCCAAAUGGCGACGGAACCACCGGGUGGCGGUGGCGGAGGUGGAAGUGGUGUUGUAUCGGUAACACUGACCCCGACAACUACAACCACAGCGGCCAUCGCAGUGGUAGCCCCGACUGCUCGAACCGUUCCGGUUUCGGUGGCUGCUUCGUCAGCUAAUGGAGGUGCUGGUGCAACGCAGAUUCUGUCCAUGCAGCAGGCAGCGGCCGCAGCAUCAGGAACAAAUCAACGGAUCCAACCGAUGCACCACAUCCAUCACCACCACCAUCAUCAGUUGAUCAAUGGGAUAGCCACGGUAGCAACGGCUAGUGCGGCGGCAGGAGCUGCGGCCACCAUUGCCGCUGCUACUGGUGGCCCGAUGCCGACAAAUGCAGCAGCUGCAGCUAAUGCCGCAGCGGCCGCAGCAUGGCCGAUCGUGGAACCGGUGUUUCAUUUUGGCCCUGGGUUUGAACCCCACUCGCGACCUUACUGCCCAGCACACCCACAGCCUUCGGAGCACGUGGUGCUCUUCCACGUCAGUCCGGGUGUAUCGGUGACAUUCCAGAUUGGCAACAGUCGUGAGAUCAUACGAGGUCCCGUCACCGUACCGAUGGUGUCACAAAACGGUACUCCUCCUAUGGCAAUGCCGGUGCAGGUUCCACCGGGCCACGUUAUGCAGCAGAUCGUCGAUGAGAGCGGUACCCUGCGGCAUGUGAUUCUAUCCACCCAGCAUCAGCAGUUGGGCCAAGGCGGCGUCCAGCAUCACCUGCAUGGACAUUUUAUAAAUGGCACUGCACCGCAGUUCUUUAACCCACUGGCAGCUGGUUACCAGGCUGGGCCGGGAUCCGGUGCGCCGCAUCUCUAUCAAACGCCCCUCAUGUCCAGUGCUGGAGUAGGUGCGGCCGCAGCAGCAGCGGCCGCAGCUAACGCAGGUGCUGGCGGGGCUGGUGGCGGCACCCAUACACUGCACACGCCCCAGUCGAACGUGACCCACUCGCCAUCGCCGCCACACUCCAACAACAACCAGUACCACAAGGAUGAACGGGCGAUGCGACAGCAUUCCAAGCUGGUGCGAAAGCUAGAAAAUCAAAAACAAAGGGAACUGAAUGCCUCCAUUGUAACGCCAAUCAAUUCUCCGCGAAAGCACACGGAAGUAAAUGGGAACGUACGCAAGCAGCAACUGCAGCAACAACAGCAGCAGCAGCAGCACCAGCAGCACCAACAACACCUUCAACAACAACAGCAGCAUCAACCGCAACACCAACCGCAGCAUCAACAUUUGCAGCAACACCAGCAUCUGCAUCCGAUAUCUGCCAUUCAACGGAACGGAACUGCAUCGGUGGCCACGUCGGAAGAUGGCGAGGAAUCUUCCAGCAUGCCCGAAGAGGAAGAUGACACGCAAGCAAUUGUAGAGCAUUUGAGUUCCGUGCAAUCACCGCAGGUGAAUGAAAUUACGUCCCGAUCGGCACUGUUCCAAUGGUCUGCUCCAAGUCCUCUGCCACCGAACGAAACGCUCCCGUUCAAUGUGCAGGAUCUUCACUAUGAAGUUCUGUUAAGCGAUCCGGGCAAGGAAAAUAAGUACAAGAGCAUUUUCAAAGGCAAUUCCUUGAGUUGUAUGGUUCAGGAUCUGAGGCCAGGCCAGGAGUACACGGUGAGAUUGCAGGUCUACUUGGAUCAGCUGCAUGGGUCACCGACGGAACCGACAGUGUUCCAAACACCUGCUUGCGAACCGGAUGUUCCCAAGGCCCCAACGUUAAUAGCUAGGACGAAGAAUUCCCUCCAGCUCCGCUGGAAUGCCGCAACCGAUAAUGGCGCGCACAUUACCAAUUACAUUCUUGAGUACGACAAUGGAAAGUAUAACGGAAUGAUUCACCUGAUCAAUUCCCAAAAUUGUGAUUUUGUGGAGGUUUGCAAGACGAAGGGAAAGCAAUUCACCGUUAACAAAUUGCAUCCCUCGACGAGUUACAUAUUUCGACUCUCGGCCGUCAACGAGUGCGGUCGAAGUGGGUAUUCGGAUUUGGUUAAGUAUAACACUGCCGGCAAUCCGCCAAGCCAACCGGCACCUCCGACGUUGCAACAUGCAACGGCAACCUCGCUCAAACUCGCCUGGCAGCGACGAUCGCCGAGCGAAGGAUUUACACUGCAGAUGAAUGACCUGGAUCAAGGUUAUGGGUAUAAGAAUAUCUAUACGGGACCGGACACGGUUUAUGAAUGCGUAGGUUUAAGACGAGCAACGACAUUCCAAUUUAGGGUUAAAGCCGAAAACGAAAACGGCAUGAGUCCAUUUAGCAAGGAAAUGGUGUUUAGAACUUUGCCAUCCUGUCCAAGCCGGCCGGCAAAACCACAGGUGAAGGGUAAAAUUCACGCUACGGCAUUUAAGGUCAAGUGGGACCCACCGGUUGAUACAGGUGGUGCGGAAAUCAAUCUGUACCAUCUGGAGAUUAGCUCCGGUGCUAUGUACGAACGGAUGUACAGUGGUAAGGAGUCGGAAGCGAUGAUCGAACGGCUCAGUCCAGGAACGACCUAUCAGAUCCGGGUACUUUGCGAAGGUCCCGGUGGAAUAAGUGCAUUUUCUGAUCCAAGUUUGGUAACGACUGAACCGGUAGUGCCACGGGCGCCACCCAGGCCGCACUGCAAUGGCGCUCCGACACCGUAUGCGGCUUGUUUGAUAUGGGAAAAGCCGGAUUACAACGGUGGUGCACCCAUUCUAGAGUACGAGAUGGAAGUGGAGAUGACCAACAAAAGUCGAAACUCUUGCUAUCGGGGCAAGGAGCAGUAUUGUGUGGUCAAAGACCUUAGGCCGGGUGAAAUGUAUACGGUACAGGUACGUGCAAUCAACCGUAUCGGAGCGGGCGAGUGGUCCGAAGAGUUUAGUUUCCAUGCUGGUGCAGCACCGCCCAAUGCUCCCAAGGAGCUUAGCAUUACUCUAAAAUCGCCAACUCAUCUAACUGUGAUCUGGGACGAACCGCACUGCAAUGGGGCACCAAUCAGCGAGUACAUCCUACAGUCCAGCACCUCUGCUGAUUUGUCACCGCCGCCGGAAGAGGAACGGGUCUUCCAAACCGUUUAUAAUGGCCUACAACGAAUGGCUGACCUGAAAAAUCUUGCACCUUUCACCAACUACCAUUUCCGGGUUUGUGCUGUCACUAGUGCCGGAAGUUCUCGCUAUUCUACCACAUUCUCGCAAAAAACUCCGGCUGCACCGCCAAAUGUCCCCGUUUUAGGGCAGCACAAAAUAACGGCCAGAAGUAUACUUAUUUGUUGGGAAACGCCCCAGUCCAAUGGUUCCCCAAUAGCCCAAUACAAAAUCGAAUGUGGCGACCGAGUUAUUACGACUGACGCUGCUUCGACUAUGUUCAGAAGAAGUAAUGAACAAGGGUCCGCCGGAAAGAACGACCAAGUGGACGAAGACGACGAUGAGGAAGAAGAAACUGAUGAAGACGAAGAGAAGGACGAUUUGGAGGAAAAUUCGUCGGAAGACACGACUGAAAGGACAGAAGCGAAUUUAGUAGAUGCUAGCACAAGCAGUAGCAGUAUGAACCCGAACCGAAAUGAAAUGCUAAUCGGUGAUCUGCAUCCGGAGACCUCCUACAAACUCCGGAUACAGGCCGUGAACGAGAUCGGAAGUGGUCCGUUUUCAUCAUUUAUCAAAUUUACCACUGCUCCACUGCCACCGAAACCACCAAAACUGGAAUGCAUCCAGUUCGGAUUUUCCCACCUGAAACUACGCUGGGGAGAAGGAAAGAAUUUAGCUGACCUCGCUCGGUACUAUGUCGAAAUGGAAAACAAUCGCACCGGUGAGUAUCAGAACGUACACACUGGAACCCGCAGCACCUGCAAAGUGAUGAAACUGCAUGAGCUGACUCCGUACACAUUCAGGAUAGCAGUCGAAACGAAACACGCCGGAAUGGGUGACUUUUCGGAGGAUUUCGUCUUUGUUACAUCGGCAGCGACCCCGAACAGCAUUAAGGCGCCACGAGUGUACAUUGAACCGCUGGGCGGUGGUGGCAGUGCCAACAGUUCGCCACAGCAUCCGCCAUCAUUAAAUGGUAGUGUGAGUAAUCUAACCGUUGUACAGGGAAGCACUCACUUGACGACGGGUGCUACGGUUUCAGCACCGGGAGCAUCUUUACUGACCAUCGAGUGGCAAACUAGUCGGAAUAACCCAUUCUCCGACCCGAUCGAGUAUGUACUACACAUGGGAAAGGCGAAGGAUCAAGAGUUUUGUGAGGUUUAUCGCGGACCCGAUACGAGGCACACCAUCCAGAAUCUAACCUUUGGUGUAGGCUACCUAUUCAAAGUGUGCCCAGUACGCAUCCGGUUCAACGGAGAGGAAAUCCAUGGUCAGUUUUCCCCGGUCCUGCACCAUCAGCUGACGCCACAUAGACCCUCAUUCGGUUCACAUUCCCGGCACUUGGCGCAUGAUGAAGUGGACGGUUCCGGUACGAAGGUCUACUUUGCUGGCAAUGUGGUCAACAGUCGAGGUGAACUGAUCCUCAACAAUUCCGGCAGUCAUCAUCAUUCCGGCUCAACCAUUUACGCAAAUUCAAAUGCCAGCACAGCACAAUCACUGCUCCAUCUACCGAAAGGUGGCAACUUGGUUAGGACGGUUUCGGAACUGCUGGAGACCGAUUCUAGCAAGGCAGUUGUUUGCGUUCUGGUGUUUAUCGUCUUAUCGGUAAUUGUUGCAGCUUGUCUGAAGUGAAGCGAUGACCAUAAGGAUUGGUUGUGGUAGGUUCUGUUGGAUAUUUCCAGGGAGUAACAUACAAAUAUAUAUUUGAUGGUGAUGAUUGUGUAGACACGCGAUGAAGGAUAAAUUUACACAUAUGCAUGUUAUUGUAUCGGGUUAUCUAUCUGACCUAUAGUACUACAACCUACGCCUUUCUCUUCUUGACGCUUUCCGAGCCCUCCAGAAGGGACCACAGGGAAAAUCCUACCGGGAGAUGAAAGCGAGUCGAGACAAACCUUUAUUAGCAGUGUAUUGCUAUCAUACAUUAUAGGUGGUCUUCGGCUAACCUUCCAAUUAUCUAAUCUGUCUGCAUCACAGAAAGUCUGGACAAUCGAAAGGCUGGUAACGCAAUUCACGGCUUUGUUAUCACUUGAAACUCUGAGUCCUCCAAGUGAGUGACAAAGCAUAAUCAAAAAGAUAUGCGAAACAACAACAGCAGCAUCGACAAAAACGAACAAAAGAAUCUGAAUAUGAAUAUUGGUGUCAUUGUUAUCACUGCUACUAUUAUUACUACCACUACUAUUGCUACUACUAACUACCAUUUACUACUGGAACAAAAUAAACAAACAAACAGAAAACUGAAAGUUCUAACAUCGUACAUACAUACACAUUGCAUUCAAACAAACAGACGACAAAAAAAAAGUCAUACAUCUUAGCUUCAUUGCUGUAAAUUGUGGAAAAUAGCAACAAGGUGAAGUUCUCCUCCAGUGUUUGGUCCUUGUCAAUAUAAUGAAGUAAUAAAACGAAGUAAAAAUGCAAUGUUCAAUUGCGACAGCAGUAGAGAUGGGCAACGCAUAAUAUUAUAUGUUAAAUUUGCUAUAUUGUUUAUGUUAUACUUAUUCUCAAUUAUGGAAAAAAAAAUGAAUCGAACAAGCAUAACAGAAAGAGAAAUAAAUAUAACAAAAAAGAAAUCGUGCAGGUUCACUAAAAACUGACUAGAAGAGGAGGAAUGAGCAGAAAACGAUAGAGUGUCCUUAUUAUACGCUUAGAGAACGAUGGAGAAGAAUCAACGCAAGAAUGGGUGGUGAUAAAAAAAUAUGUCCAAAAGUCGCAUAACUUUUUUUAGUUGUUCUUUGGUUUAGCACGCGAAGAAAGAAUCGCAUGAACUAGAGGAUCGUUUUUGUUUCUGGAUUGUUUUUGGUUUUGCAUGCAUUUUGGUUUGAGAAUAAGUAACAGAAACAUGCAGCGAAAGUAAUGAAAACGAUAACCAAGAGAAAGUAAUAGCCAAUAAACAAGGUAAUCUAUAGUAUUAUUAAUCAUAAAUAAACAAGAAACAGAUAGUAUGUUGCCGAACCAUGGGACAGGAUUGUGGUGGAAAAAGGAACGGAUGGAAUCGAAAUUACAUAGGCCUCUGAUGCAACGGAAAAAAAGAACAUAGCAACUGAUGAUGACGAUGAACCGCGCCGUCUAGAAGAACCUAUGUACUGUUUAAAUUUUGAAACACGUUCAAAUCAGGCAUCCAGAAGACCUACAGAAAAAUAUGCAGUAAGCAUUCUCAAACACACCCACAUACACACAUACAAGCAAACAUUUUCUCUCUAUUAUUAAUGCAAAGCAAAGUAACAAAAAUCCUUAAGAAUAUAAACAGCGCACUAAAAGCAUUCCAUAGAAGCUCUUUUUUAUUUUUUACUAUUUAUAAUUUUAUAACAGGCAGUAUACUUAGAACAAAAAAUCAAAACUAUAAACACCAUUAAUGUUAAUAUAAAACCGAUUUUAAUAUUACUACACACUAUUACACACAGCACACAAAUGCAAAAUGGAAAGCGUAGAAAAUAAAACCAGCAAACAGUUUAGAUCUGAUUUCAUCUAUAUUUUUUUUAUAAAACAUUUAAUUCCACACACACACACACACAUGGUUGAAAAAGAUGUCAGUAGAUCCAGUAGCACCAAUAUUUUCGAUAGUCUUCCAAAAGCAUAUUUAGUAUAUGAAUAAGGCUGGUGGGACACUACUUUCGCUUUUUUCUUUUUUUUUUUAUAUGAGGUUUCGAAAUAGAUUGUGGUAGAUGGAUUCGGUUUUUAAUUUCAAAUACAGUAUUGGCCUUUUCGAUAAGUUUUUGUGAAUCGAUUUUUCAAUUAUAAAUUGGUUCCCAUCGACGCCAAACAAACCUGGUCGGUACCUACCUAGUUAAAUCGGAAAGGAAACCAGAUCGAAACUUUUUUAACAUACAAGCUUUCAUGCCCAAAAAGUCCAAUAAAAUAUAUUUUCUGGCUUACUUUGUCCAUUAUUUCAAAAUCUACGCUGUCAUGGCGUACUUUGAAAAGCUUACCACACACAUACACACAGUUCUAAGUGCAAUUUUAUGUUUUAACUGUUGUUUUUUGAUUAACCGUCAUUGAAAGCAACAUUUAUUCAAGUAACCGCCUGCCUCAGCCAUCCACUGUCGGAUGGAAAUAAAGUGGAAAGUUGUUCAUUCCUCUAGAGCAAAGAAUUUAUAUUUUUCUUUAAAAAAAGUUUACUAGUAGAUAGAAUUUUACUAAAUCAAAAAGUACACCCAUGAAAAUAACGACAUGAGGAACAGAAUAGACAAACAGUAUGACACCCAAACGAUUGAUUUUUUUUUUGUCUUUACCUUGUUAAGUUUUACAACCAUUUGAGGACGUAUGCAAUAUGAUCUAUAAUAUAUGUAUGAGCAAUGCAUUUCUCUGUGUUUGCUAUAAUUUUCCCCCUUCAAUUCAAUAAAAAAUAAUUUAAUAAUUAUUUACAAAUUUAUUUUUUUCGUACCUACCGUUCUAUUUUUGCUCUUUACAUUUACAUUUUGUUUACGCUAUUUAUCUUGGCAAAACGUUUCACAUAGUUGUUCUCCUGAUAGUGAACAAAUCUUUUCAUUGGAAUCAAUUGAUAUGGAAAUCUGAUGGCUUUAAACUAUUUUUAUUAUGAUUAUUUUUAGAGAAUGGAAAAAAAUUGAAUGGCUCUCAUUCAUAAACAAUAACAAUGGUCCGUUACACUAAAAUAAAUAUAAAUUCGGGAACUAUUAGGAGAAAAAUACAUGUUAACAAGGCACAAUUGAAUGAUACAAAACGCAAACAAAAAAUCGCCUAAACAAUUGUUCAUUUACCUUAUUUUUGUUCUCCUUAUUGGAAACGUCUUAUUCAAUUUGUACAUAACAUGAGUAUUCGAACAAAGACAGAAAGAUGAAAUAAUCAUCCUGCUCCUGUUUUCGACAGCGUGAGUUGAAGUGGAAAAGUACAGUGCAAAAUGCAACGGAAAUCAAACGCCACAGGCGGUUUAAGUGAAUUCGGGAAAAACCGCAAGGGCCAGAUGAAAUAUUAUUGAUUGAUUGACUGGUUAGACGCAGUGGAAGAGAGGAAGUUUAAUAAGUGUAAUAAGCGAUGUGCGAGGAGAACGCAAAUCUAGGUUUCUUGUAUUCGUUCUACAAAAUGCAUGAAAGAAACGCAAAAAAAAAUCUAUAGAAUGAUGAUAAUGAUGAUACACAAACAAUUAACAAUUGAGAAAAACGUAAACAAAUAUUAAUAUUAAUAUGUAUGCAUAAUAACUGAUGGGGGUUAGUAGUAAUUGUAUAAAUUUUACUAAAACAUGCUCUAUUCGUUUAAAAUGAAAAAUAUUCAGAACAAUAUUUUUUUACAAAUUACCUUUUUAUCUCAUUUUUAUUACAAUUAUUAUGAUUUGUUUAUUAAAAAUGUUACAUUUUGUAUUUUUUUUAAAUCUAUUUUUACUUAUCUCUUUUCUAUAUUGAUCGAACAAAACUAUGAAAAACAAAACAACAAAGUAGGAUAGUGAUGAGAAAUGCAUAGGAAAAUAAAUGCGAAAACAAAUGGCACACGGUUGCGCGUGCAGCAGCGAAGAAACAAAUCUAGCAAAAGCCUGUCAUUGAAUGUUGAAGUCGAAAUGAACGAUUGAUUAAGAAAAAAAAAAUAGAAAACACUGAAACUGAUAAAUGAAGGAUGGCAUGAUGAUAAUAUAUGCUACUAUACACAUAUAGACAUCCAAUGGAAUAAUGUAUAACAAAAUAUUAUUGCAAGAACAACACACACACACACAUAUAUAAACAAUUAAAAGGAAAAAAUAAAUUAAAAAUAUAUAUGUUAAAAGUGGACAUUAAGUAUAUAAACAACAAAAAUAUCUUAAUAUAUAUAUGAACAAUAUUUAAUUUAACAGAAAUAUAUUUUAUGUAAAAAAUAA